AUGUAUGCUGAAGCCAAGUGUCGAAGUGGCUGCAACCUUGCCAUGGCUUCAUACUAUGUGUGGGAAGGAUCAAACCUUACUUACAUUAGCAACAUCUUCGGCCAAACAAUCCCGGAAAUUCUUCGAUACAAUCCCCAGGUUCCAAAUCAAGACAGCGUUGCAAGCGGUACACGGGUUAAUAUUCCAUUCUCAUGCGAAUGCUUGAACGGUGAUUUCUUAGGCCAUACCUUCAAGUACAUAACUGAGAUUGGUGAUACAUAUUACAAGGUUGCUAGAGUGGCUUUUUCUAACCUUACCACAGAGUAUUGGGUCCAAAGGGUGAAUACAUAUGACCCAACCCAGGUGCCAGAUUUUGCUCAUAUCAACGUAACAGUGAAUUGUUCGUGCGGCGAUAAACACGUGUCGAAGGAUUAUGGGUUGUUUGCAACAUACCCUCUUCGGGUGGAUGAGAACUUGUCAUCGGUGGCGACGAAGUCAGGUGUUCCGGCGGAGUUGUUGCUGAGGUUCAAUCCGGGGUCCAAUUUUAAUGCUGGCUCUGGCCUAGUGUUUGUGCCGGCAAAAGGUUAG